AUGAACGGGAAGCCUGCAGGCAAGAUCAGGAUCUUGCACAAGGGCUACGACAACGCGAUGUCUGCCUUAGAUUGGGUGUUCAAGACCUAUCCGAGCCCUGCCACCGUCGCCGUGAUGGGCUGGAGUGCAGGAGCGAUCGGAUCGCCCCUUUACACUCACAUCAUCGCUCAAAACUACCCGAAGGCGUCUAUCGCCCAUCUCGCCGAUGGCGGAGGCGGCUGUCGCAUGGGUGACAAGCUUGCGCUGCCCUUCAAAUCCUGGGGGACAGCGAACGUUCUCAAGAGGGUCAAGGGCUUCGAAGACCUGAGCACGGACGGCUUGUCCUUUGAGGAUCUCUACAUUCGAGCGGCCGAGCUCCAUCCUGAGAUCACCUUUCACCAGUACAACGAGCGGCACGAUGGGAUCCAGGCCUUCUUCAUCCAGCUCACGGGUGUGCGCGUCCCCGACGUCGCGGGAAAUAUAGACGCCGGGCACGCCUACAUCCGCGCGAAGAUUCCCAACUUCCGCACCUACAUCAGCUGGGGGCAUGAUGAAGGCAUUAUCGGCGGCUACUAUGACGCUGUGCUUUCAAAGAAUGCGCUGGACAACCGUGGACGUCCUCAUGUGCUGGACAGGCUCUACACUCGUCAGACCAACGGUGUGCGAUUCCUCGACUGGUUUGCCGCGGCCAUUGAGGGUAAGCCGGUGGAGGAUGUGGCCUGUGUGGACAGUGAGACCCCUGAGCACCAUUGGACGCGCCCGAAGUUUCCCUCCUAG